GCACAAACUUUCCUGGAUGCGCCCGACGCGCCUCAGUGUGAGAGAUGGAGGCUGAAGAGAACCAGAUCUCUGUGUGGGUUUGCCGGGAGGAGAAAGUAGUAUCGGGUCUGUCUAAACGCACCACGUGUUCAGAUGUUAUUAAAGUCCUUCUGGAGGAGAAGAGCUUACACGGGAGGUCUUACUGCAUCGUGGAAAAGUGGCGUGGAUUUGAACGUGUGCUGCCCAACAAGACCAAGAUCCUGCGCCUGUGGAACGCAUGGGGUGAUGAGCAGGAGAAUGUACGAUUUGUACUUGUCAAACAGGAUGUAUCCUUACCCAGCAGUGCUCCACGUAGCGCAGAGGCGCGCCUUGUGCCAAGCCGGCAGAACCCUGUUCAGGACACCGUGCGCCAGGCCACGAUGGCGCUGUCCCAUGAAAAGCAGCGGCGUGUGGUUCGAAAAGCCUUCAGGAAGCUGGACCGGAUCAACCGGAGACGUGCUCGAGCUCUGAGCAAGGAUGCUGAGAGGAUGGAGACCCUGGUGCAUCUGGUGGUCUCUCAAGACCACACUUUACGGCAACAGGUGGAACGUAUCCAGGAGCUGGACCGUGAGAUAGAGCUCUAUGAAGCCGAAGUGCACCUUGAUAGAGUGAAAGCACAUGGUGCCAACUAUGUGCAGGAGACAUACCUAGUGGGGGCAGAUACUCCUGGGCAGACUGACAAUGAUUCAGAGCAAGAGAUGCUCAAUCAGCUUGAAGAGUACACCCAAAAGUGUGAGGAGGUUAUUAUGCUUCAGGAUGAGCUCACCGAACGCCAUGCUCUUCUGGACAGUAUCACUCGAGACAUCCAGGAGGAGCUCAACCAAAGGUGGAUGAAGCGCAGACAAGAAUUGGGCAAUAGGGAUUUAAAAAAUGACCAUUUAUUGAGGGUUAGGGGUGAAAUGACCAACUGUGAUUUUUUUAAGUUGGAUAUAUCACCAGAUGAUGACCUACUUCUGGAGGAGGAGCGAAUUAAGACUCAACUAGACACCAGCUUAUACAUUGGACUGAGGCUUAACACCGAUUUAGAAGCAGUUUGGAGUGACUUGGACUUGACGCAGGAAAUUUGGGGGACGAAGGACAAAGAAAUAAGGGAUCUGCUCGAGAAAGUGGACUCAAUGGAUUUAAAAAGAGAACUUAAGGAGGUAGAAGGGUGCGAUGGACAGGAAAGUGGUGAAGCAGUUGUAGAAUCCUCUCAGAUACCCACUAUGAGUACAAAUCCGGUGUGGGUUGAACAGGCAAGAGGACUUGCAUGUAACGCCAAAGAAUGUAACUCCAAUGACGAUGACUCGGACACAGGACUCAGCUCCAUGCACAGCCAGGACUCAGAUAUCGCCCCUAUUUGUGAGUCUCUAGUAUAGCAAUUAUAACAACUGCGGCCCAAUGCACCCAACAAAAUCCCCCAAAGAUUGAAAUCACACAGAGAAUAUUCAUUUAUGAAUGAAAAUCAGAGAUAAUAAAGCACAUGGGAGUUUGUUGUACAUAUUUUAAUUAAUGCUACUUGGACAAUUUUGCUGUGCUAUCAAAAGGAAAUUGUAAUGGUUCUGAUAAGUUUGCACUUAGGGAUCACAUUAGUUUGUCACUGUUGUCAGGUACAAUUGUGUGCAUGAACUGCGUUUAACUGACAAAAUAAGAGAUUGUUUGUGGAGGUUUGGAUGUGUGGUGUGACAGACUUUAUAGUGCAAAUUCAGUUGGUAGCGCAUGUUUAUAAAGCCUGUAUUAAGUCAAUAAA